UAACCCACUGUACUAAGAAAACACACUGGAAAAAAAAACCAAAAAAAGCAACAACGUCUCGCAAGAGUCGCAACUUUAGACACAAACACACACUUUCUCUCUCCUACUUUUUUUUAAGGCAAUUUUUGCCGAUGGCUACGCCGCCACCGGAGAUUUCGCCGUUGAUUCCGGCAGAUAACGCAACAGUAGAUGCGCCGCCAGCGCCUCCUUCUGGAACAGCAGCCGCCAUACCACCUGGACCUCCGGCGGCUGUUCCGCCGGUUAGCGCGAGUUCUGUUCCGUCGCCGCCGUCUUCGGGGAUGUCGAAGGAUACAUUGACGGCUUUGGUGGUUGGAAUUGGGCUUGGAGGGUUAAUUGUUAUGAUUGCUGUGGGUAUUUUCGUCUUUUUCUAUAAGCGGAGGAAGCGGAAGCAGGCGGAGGAAGAUCAGUUAAUGUUGCCAAUUAAGCAAAAGCCUUUUGGUGGACAAGCCCAACAGUUCCAGCACAACGUGCCUCCUCUUAUGCAUAUACCGUCGCCACAACCACAAGGGUCUGUUGUACCAAUAAAUCCUUCAACAAGUAAUAGCUUGGGCUCAGAGCGAUCACAUCAAGCGCAACCCCUUGGGCAGUCAUUAUCCUUGUUACCCUUCCCAAAUGGCACAUUUACUUAUGAAGAAUUAGCUUUGGCAACAGAAACAUUUUCAAGUGCCAAUCUUCUUGGCCAAGGGGGUUUUGGAUAUGUCCAUAAGGGAGUCCUGCCUAAUGGAAAAGAGAUUGCAGUCAAACAGUUGAAAUCUGGAAGUGUUCAGGGGGAGCGCGAGUUCCAGGCUGAAGUGGAAACAAUUAGUCGUGUGCAUCACAGGCAUCUUGUUUCACUUGUUGGACAUUGCAUUGCUGGAGAACAGCGAAUGCUCGUGUAUGAGUUCAUUUCAAACAAGACCUUGGAUUUCCAUUUGCAUGAAGGAAAACCACCUAUGAGUUGGGGAACGAGGUUGAAAAUUGCUAUAGGUGCUGCGAAAGGAUUGGCAUAUCUUCAUGAAGACUGUCAUCCAAAAAUCAUUCAUCGAGAUAUCAAGGCAUCAAAUAUUCUUAUUGAUGAUGAAUUCGAAGCCAAGGUUGCAGACUUCGGACUUGCGAAGUUUUCGUUUGACACGGACACCCAUGUGUCCACCAGGGUUAUGGGAACUUUUGGUUACUUAGCUCCGGAAUACGCCUCAAGUGGGAAACUAACUGAAAAGUCAGAUGUCUUUUCCUUUGGGGUUGUGCUUCUGGAAUUGAUUACUGGACGAAGACCUGUUGAUAAAGCUCGUCCGUUCAUGGAUGAUAGCAUGGUUGAAUGGGCAAGGCCGUUGCUAUCACAAGCUUUAGAAGGCGGAAGCUUCCAGGAACUUGUUGAUCCAAAAAUGGAGGACUAUAAUUUCUCUGAGGUGGCUCAAAUGAUUGCUUGUGCUGCAGUUUGUGUUCGAAGCUCUGCUAGGCGACGACCACAAAUGAGUCAGGUAGUAAGAGCUCUGGAAGGGAACUUGUCUCCAGAAGAUCUGUUGAAAGAAAUCCCAGCAGAUAACAGAGCAUUCCACGGAAGUACAGAUUACGAUUCCAGUGCCCAAUACAAGGAAGAUUUAAAGAAAUUCAGAAAGCUAGCUCUCGAAAGCCAAGAACAUAGCACUGGCGAGUACAGCGUAUUCACUAACGAGCAUGGUGUUCCACCAUCAACCUCGAGUACUGAAAAUCAACUCGAUACCCAGGAGGUUGAAACUGGGAAAUCUAAAACAGGUGUUCUUGAAAUUCCUGUUGAAUGAAUAGAAGGUUAAUAGGUUAACACUUUGGCUUUUUUUAAUUAGAGUGAGCUUAAUUCAUUCUUUAAGUUACUCCAUUUUGGGGUAAUAUUGGUGUCUAGUAGAAUUAGGUGUACAAAGUUUUGUUUGAUUAGUCUUACUAUUUAUUUGAUAUGGCAAAGGUCAUUGUAUAUGUUCAGAUGCAUAAGUUUGAGAUCUAACUAGUGUUUUUUUCCUACUAUAACUUCCCUGAACACAUGAAUUGCAAAUUUGCAACUUUCAGAAGUUUGCAAUCGAUACAUCGAUUUUUUACU